AUGGUCAACUCUUGUUGUGGUUCCAUCUGCUCUGACCAGGGCUGUGGCCAAGAGACCUGCUGCCGCCCCACCUGCUGCCAGACCACCUGCUGCAGGACCACCUGCUGCCGCCCCAGCUGCUGUGGUUCCAGCUGCUGCAGGCCCAGCUGCUGUGGAUCUAGCUGCUGCGGUUCCAGCUGCUGUCGCCCCUCUUGCUGUGGUUCUAGCUGCUGCCGCCCCACCUGCUGCCAGACCACCUGCUGCAGGACUACCUGCUGCCGCCCCAGCUGCUGUGGUUCCACCUGCUGCCGCCCCAGCUGCUGUGUGUCCAGCUGCUGUAGGCCCAGCUGCUGUGGAUCCAGUUGCUGUGGUUCCAGCUGCUGCCGCCCCAGCUGCUGUGGUUCCAGCUGCUGCCACCCCAGUUGCUGUGGUUCUAGCUGCUGCCGACCCUCUUGCUGUGGUUCUAGCUGCUGCCGCCCCACCUGCUGCCAGACCACUUGCUAUAGAACAACGUGCUGCCGCCCCAGCUGCUGUGGUGGUUCUUGUUGCUGA